AUGUCACACGCUGCAUUUCUCGCAGCUGCUAUUCUUGCAUUUGCCUUUCCUUAUGUUUAUGCCGCCACUUCCGACCAAUGGCGAGGUCGAUCAAUUUAUCAAGUCAUCAUCGACAGAUAUGCUUUGCCCGAAGGUGCUGACCCUAACCAAUGCCCAUCGGGGACCCGUACAUGGUGUGGUGGGACCUGGAAUUCUCUUCGCCAGAAUCUAGACUACAUUCAAGAUGCAGGUUUCACCGCAGUCUGGAUCAGUCCUGUUUCCCAAAACUAUGAAGGUCCGACUACGCCAUAUGGAGACCCCUACCACGGAUACUGGAUUGCGGAUGCUUCUCAACUCAACUCUCGGUUUGGCACGUCUGACGAUCUCAAGGGUCUUUCAGAGGAACUGCAUCGUCGCGGAAUGUACUUGAUGAUUGAUGUCGUUGUUAACGAUGUCAUGGCGACCUCGAUAACCCCCGAUUUAUCUACAUAUAUGUUCAAAGAACAGUCGCAAUACCAUCCAUAUUGUGCCAUAGAUUGGAGUAACACCACUAGCGAGGAACAAUGCUGGUUAGGCGACACCGUCGUUCCUCUUCCUGACCUCAACACGGAAGACCCAACUGUUGUUGCCGGGUUCGGUGACUGGAUUCAGUCCUUGGUUAAGGAAUACAAUAUUGAUGGACUCCGGAUUGAUGGUGAGUGUAGACAUGUCAAUAUCGACUUCUGGCCCGUGUUCUGUGGCAAAGCCGGUGUAUUUUGCAUAGGAGAAGUCUUUGGUUCAGAUAUCGACGACGCUGCUCUCUACCAAGGAUCCAAUGCCCUUGACUCAAUUCUGAACUAUCCCAUGUACACCGCGCUCCUUGAUGCGUUCACCCUUCCUGGGCCACAGAAUAUGAGUGCUGUUGCAGAUAUGAUUGGGCAGGAGGCAGCGAAGUUCAAGGACCCCACACUUCUCGGAAACUUUAUUGAAAAUCAGGACAUUCCUCGUUGGGCGAAUAUCUCUGUCGACCCACAAAGUUUAUACAACGCCAUGGUGUUCAACUUUAUGACUGAUGGCAUACCCAUUGUGUAUUAUGGUCAAGAACAGGGCUUCAGCGGGAACAGCGAUCCUUAUAAUCGCGAGGCAAUGUGGCCUUCGAAAUACGCCAACAGUACAACAUACCAACUCAUAACCACAUUGAAUAAGUUCCGCAAUUUCUUGGUGAAUAACACCCAAUGGGCAACCACGCCGACGCAGGUGCUCACAACAUCACCAUACGGCAUCGCAACCUUGAAAGGGGAUUGUGUCUCCAUCAUGACCAAUAUCGGAUCUCCCCCUCAAAACAUCAGUAUUCCCGUGUAUACCCCGUACCUUGCAAGCGCGUCACUCACCAAUGUGUUGACCUGUGAACAGUGGCCAGUGGGCAGCAAUGGCACCAUCGACGCACAAUAUAGUUUAGGAGGUGUGCCUCUUGUUCUCUAUCCCACUACUCUUCUGCAGGAUUCUGGUCUGUGCGGGAACUCGGACACCACGACAGGUUCGGCCACAUACGUAUCCUCGGCCCUGCGCAUCCAUCGUCCUGUCAUAUCUCUUUUAGCCGUGUUGUCUUCUUUGUUGUUGGGCUUUUUGUCUUCUUUUUGGUGA